UUUUUUUUUUCCUUUACCUUUAAAAAAAAACAAUAUGCCUACUUUUGCUCGUGUAAAAUCUAUCAAGCUUCCAUUUAAGAAAAAGACGGAAGUAUCAAAACAACCACAACAACCACAACAAUAUUCUCACUCUGUUUAUGUUCCUGAGCCUAACUUAUCACCUACAGUGAUGAACAACAAUGUCAGCUUUACAGAUACACUCAAAAUGAUAUCAAAAAAAGUAGAAAAUACUCAAUUUGAUGAUGUUUUUGGCUCUUUUUUCUUUAAUGAUAAACGCUGUCAAAGCCGAGCUCUUUUUAUGGCAGCCCGCCUAAAACAAACACUAGAUGGCAUAAUUAACCCUAUUCGACCUAGUUCAAGUCACGGCGCAUUGUGUGAAUUAUCACCGUCGAUUAUGCCAAGUCCGUCUUAUUCUACACCCUUGAAUGCUACGUCAGCGUCAUUUGAUGCACCAACAGUCGAUAGUUUUUGGCGUCUAGUGACGCAUCGAUUAUAUACACUAAAUUACAUAUUGUUUGUCUUACCUGCUGACUCCCAAAUGCGAGAAGAUUUGUUGAAGCGAUUAGAAGCAGAUUUGGCCUUGAAAGGAGAUGGAAAAGAAUUGGAACGUCGAGGUGGUAUGGAAGCUCAUUUUGCAGUAAGAUACGCACUCGAACAUCGACGACGUCGUAAGCGAAAGACUUUAUUAGAAGAUGCUUUUGCAGAAGAAAAAAGAAACGGUGGCAACGUAGCAGGCGCUGUUUUAAUAACGGAUGACGAGAAGAAUAACACCAAUAAUAAUCACCUGGUAGAACAGGCUAGACAAGUGAUUGCGCAAUGCCUAGAAAGUGAAUCCAAAUUGGGUCAUUCAGAAAAAGAUGCCAUGUAUGUGUUCCAUACAAUGCGAGCAGGCUUAUUAGAUGCUUUUGAGCCUCAUAUUGAGUUGGAAGAAGAUAGAGCAUUAAGACACAGAUUAAAGCGUUUAGUGGAGAAGAACAGACCUGCCGUACCAGCUUAUGAGAAUCCUUUUGAAGAUGAAGACCUUGUUGUUACAGAAGAUGAAUCUCUUUCUGAACCUUCAAGAGAAGUGGAUAGUGGAUUCUAUGAUGGCUGGACCAAAUCAACAGCAGCAGCAUAGCCCAAUAUUUGCUUAUGUGUAUUCUUAUGAUCUAUAUUCCCUCUCUCUCUCCCUCUCUCUCUCUCUCUCUCUCUCUCUCUCUCUCUCUCUC